AUGUUACCGGUACCUUCUCAGCCAUCAACACCGAAACGCGUACCCCAGCCAACUCCGCCACAGUGCGUCCACUCUCCGUUUGCUCAAGGAUAUGUUGCCGUUUCCUCUCCCUUCUCUAAGAACUAUCCUGUAGACCACUUUAAUGAUGACCUGCUCCACGUCUUCAAGGCUCGUAUCUCUCCGUGCUACGUGGCACCAGCUGGCCCUUUCCGCUCUCCUAUGGUAGCUACAGCACAAAAGGUCUACGACGUCAAUGCGUCUGAGCAUCCUCAUUACAACGGCUACUACAUCACGCACUGCUCUGGACAGCUUUCCUCGCCUUCCCUAUCUUACUCUUUCAAGGAAAGCAUCUCCUUUGGCGGGCACGGAGUAGUAUACAGUCCACCUGCCUUGACUCCGAUGCCUUCCAGCUAUUCUUCCGCGGGCAUGCCAAAUGUCAAGGGAGUUAUUACUCACGAUCCCAUGGAGACAGGAUCUACUGUGCUAUCAACAAAAUACCCAUUAUUUGAGGAGUAUGGGGAUUCGAAGGAGUCUGUAAUCCAUGUAGACCAAUUAAAUUCCCCUAUUAAAAACAUAGCGCGUUCUCAGGUAGAUAUCUCAUAUGAUGAUCCUCAAAACUUUUUUGGCGCCACCUGCCACGACUAUGGAGAGUACUACCAUCCCCACUCUGAGUUUCUCCAUGACGACGUCAACUGCAAUCCAGUUUAUUGUGGUCAGUCUAAGCCCAUCCAAUCUCACGACCUCCAGGAAGACACCGGACACUGCUCCUACUCAUGCACCAGCUAUGAUACCGGAGACGUGUCUCUUCCUUCAGCCAACGGGAGCAGUACACUAUCCUCAUUCACCACGUGUUCUUCUGGCUCCAACGAACUAGGAUGCAGAGAUAGCACACAUGCUCAUAAAGUCCACGGUCAGAGCCAGCGAGCGUAUCCGCUUCCACAGAGCUACACAGACGGCCCCAUAAUUGAUGAGCGUAUUAGAGCCGUUCCAACCCUCCCUAAUGACGCCAAACGUGGUAAGACUAGACCAAAGCAGGACUUGGCCUCUGCGUGCUCCAAGAGCAAGAAAAUGCCUACAUCUGGUUCACUCCACAUGCCUGCUAACGACCAGAGUGACGCUUAUCGUCCUCCCGGCCCGCCAGAGGCCACAGAGGAUGAUAGAGGCACUGAUGGCUAUGCAGAGUCCGACUCUUCAACAACUGACUAUUACGUAAUACGUAGGAAGCCGUGCACGAACUGGGCACCAGAAGAAGACGAGGCUUUGAUCAAAGUUGUCGCCGCCCUUGGCACAAGAAACUGGAAGAACGUCGCCAGGCUUGUCCACCGCGAAUGUCCACAUCUCCCCGAGCGCUCUGCGGACCAGUGCAGCCAGCACUGGCUCCGUGUGCUGGAUCCCUCAAUUGUCAAGGGAAAAUGGACGCCUGAGGACGAUAAUGCAUUAAUUGAGGCGGUCAAGCUUUGCCCUCCAAGGCAGUGGAAGAUGAUAGCCAACUAUGUCAAGGGCAGAACCGACAUUCAGGUCCGUUAUCGUAUGAAGAGACUGGCAAAAACCCUACUGAAGCGCAACAUCCUUCCCCGUGAGAAGCUACCCUGA